CGAGUUUCCAGAAUUUCUCAGUUUUUUCUUUCCCCACAAGAAAAAAAUCAAAACAUUUUUUUUUUCCCUUUCGCUUCAAUUCUCAACCACUUCAAUUUCAACGAACCACAUCAUCAUAAAAAUCAUUUUUCUUCGCAGUUUUUUUUUAUUCCUAUCCUCAGAAAAAUUAUUUGUCAAUUUUAUUUCAUUAUUAUUAAUUUUGUGUGUGUUUGAUUUUAUCUUCUUGAUCUCCUAGUUCGUGGGACCCAGAUUCUAAAUAUAUUCUUUGAGAUGUUUCCCCACCACAUACACAUACAUGUGUCCCGUUUUAGCUUCUUGAGAGAAAAUCUCACUUCUUUUCAACGACAACACAGAAACUAUUCUUCUUCUUCUUUCGAAUUUUGAAUCCCAGAGACGUUAGGUUGACGAGAAAAACACUCUCCACAGAAGAAAAAAACAUUAUCCAGCUGAAAUUUAAAAAAAAAAGCUUCGAUUUUUUUCCAUUUUCUGUGUUUUUUUUUUAGAAUUUUGUUUUGUUUGAUCUUGAGGUUGAAAAUGGGUGAAUCUGCAGUUCUGGUUCAUUCUUAUUCUUUCGCAGCUCCUAUUACUCGUAACGAUUCUCAUGAGGAAAAUACGAUUCAUGCGUUAAGUCAAUCAAUUUCAUUUGGGAAAUUUAUGACAGAGAAUCUAGAAUGGGGAAAAUGGUCAAGCUUUUCACAUAAGAAGUAUGUUGAAGAAGCAGAGAAAUACUCACGUCCUGGAUCUGUUGCACAGAAGAAAGCUUUCUUUGAAGCUCAUUACAAGAGAAUAGCUGAAGCUAAGAAAGCUGCAACGGAAGAACAACCAACUGUUACUCCUGCUGAAGUUUUGCUUCAUACUUUGGAAACUCAGCCUCCUCCUCCUCCUCCUCCGGUGAUUAAGUGUGGUGAAGAAGGACGUGAAAGAAACAGUUUUCAGAUUGAUGAUCAUGAUGUGACUGAUGAAUUGGAGAAUGUGAUGUUUGGUGAUGAUGAUGAGGAGAAGAAGAAGGUAGAGGAAGAGUUGUUGAAGGAGGAUUGGUCUGUUGGUGAAAAGGAGAAACAACAGAGGAAAUCGAUUACUAAGAAUAGACCGGUGUUUAGAUUGUCUUUGGAGAAAACAAUCCCUCCGAAGUCUCUGGAUGAGAUUUCUUUAACUGAGAAGAGAAGCGAAAGACCGAUAACUCAGAUAGAAGAGAAACCGGUUCAUCGUCAGAAAUUCGGUCUCUUGAGCUGUUUCAUAAGUAAUGCUAAACAUCAAGAUCAGAAUCAGAGCAGGGAUAAGAGAAAGACGGAGAAGAAGAAGCAGUUUCUGUGUCUUUGUUUGAAGCCAAAGACUGUAAGAGAGUAAUCAUAAGAUAGCCAAAGAAGCUGCAAGAACACAGCUUUGAAAACGUUACAGUCUGCAAAUGGCAAACGGGAGAAUAAAAAGAUCGAUUUCGAGGUACAAACUCGAUGGUUCGAUCAAAGCUUUAGUGAUAAAAACACAACAAUAUCGUUAUGUAGAUUGGCACCGAUUAUACUUUUUUCUCACCAGUUUGGAAAAGAGUCCGAGUGCAAUAGGAAAUAGCUUCCUUUGUUUUGUUCUCUUUAAAUCUUUGUUAUCUGUCUUACUAUGUAAUGGAAGAACAACAACUCCAGUUUCUUGAUUUGAUCUGAUCUUAAUCUUGAAUUGGUUUGUUAUUGAUAAAGCUAUUCACUUUACACAAAA